AUGGACUACCAAAACCGCGCGGGCUCCAAAUUCGGCGGCGGCGGCGUAGCCUCCCACUCCGCCACCAACGCCGACCGUCGCGAGCGUCUGCGCAAGCUCGCCCUCGAAACAAUCGACCUCGACAAAGACCCCUACUUCUUCAAAAACCACGUCGGCUCCUUCGAAUGCCGCCUCUGCCUGACGGUCCACCAAAACGACGGCUCCUACCUCGCCCACACCCAGGGCAAAAAGCACCAGACAAAUCUCGCCCGCCGCGCGGCCCGCGAACAAAAGGAAGGCAAGGCAAACAUCGACCCGGCGACCGGCCUGCCCACCAACGUGGCCGCCUCGUUCGCCGGCGCGAAGCGCAACGCCGUGAAGAUCGGGCGACCGGGCUACAAGAUCACAAAGAUCCGCGACCCCGUCACCAGGCAGCAGGGCCUGCUGUUUCAGCUGCAGUAUCCGGAGGCGGCGCCCGACAUGAAGCCCAAGUGGCAGGUGAUGAAUGCGUUUGCGCAGCGCGUCGAGGAGCCGGAUAAGAAUUUUCAGUAUUUGCUCGUGGCGGCGGAGCCGUAUGAGACAGUGGGGUUCAAGAUUCCCGCGAGGGAGCUGGAUAAGCGGGAGGAUAGGGGGUUCUGCUUCUGGGACCCGGAUGCCAAGGAGUUUUGGAUACAGGUUAUGUUUAUGACGGAGCGGGAGGAGAGGUUUAAUGCUGCGCCGGGGUUGGGUGGGAGGAGAUGA